UUUCAAUUGUAUAUAUAGCUGCAAGUGAAGUAAGAUUAACAAAAUAUCUCUCGAAGCUUGAUCAGUAUGUUGGUUAAGAUCUGCAAAUUCAUCAGAAAAUUAUGCAAUCAUCAUCAUCAAGUUGCUAGUGAGUCGGUCCAUAGCCACAAUUUGGCUGCCAAAUGGGUUAUUUGUGAUGCUUGUGUAGAGGAAAAUAAAGCCUGUAAUUGCAAUCAGAAAAUUGGAGAUUUCAAGAAGACUCCUGAUGAAGCAAAUGGCUCGAAUGCUGAUGCUAAUAGUUCUUUCACUCAUGCUGUCAUCAACAUGGUUGGAAUGCUAAUAGGUCUUGGGCAGCUAUCAACUCCAUAUGCUUUAGAAAAUGGAGGAUGGGCUUCAUCAUUCUUGCUUAUAGGACUUGGAAUCAUAUGUGCAUACAGUUCUCAUCUUCUUGGAAAAUGUCUUGACAAAAAUCCCAAGUCAAGAAGCUACUCUGAUAUUGGACAAGAAGCAUUUGGGAGCAAAGGAAGAGUUUUAGCUUCAACCUUCAUUUACAUGGAGAUUUUCAUGGCCCUCGUCUCCUACACCAUCUCUCUCCAUGACAAUCUUAUAACUGUAUUUUCAGGAACAAAUCUGGUUUUUCCCUGGACAAGUAAAUUCUCAACAUCUCAGUUACUAACCACCAUAGCUGUGUUGAUAGCACUUCCAAGUCUAUGGCUGAGAAAUUUAUCUUCUAUAUCUUUCCUUUCAUCAGGCGGUAUUCUAAUGUCACUUGUUAUUUUUGCUUCUGUGCCAUUUACUGCUGCUUUUGGAAGUGUCAAAGCUAACCAUAAAAUACCAAUUCUUAAUGUAAAAAAAAUUCCUGCCAUUUCUGGUCUCUAUAUCUUCAGUUAUGCAGGCCAUAUUGUUUUCCCCAACUUAUAUAAAUCCAUGAAGGAUCCAUCCAAGUUUACCAAGGUAUCUAUUGUGAGCUUUGCAUCAGUGACAACAAUAUAUACAGCUUUAGCAUUUAUGGGUGCAAAAAUGUUUGGCCCUAAUGUUAGUUCUCAAAUAACUCUUAGCAUGCCUCCACAUCUUCUCAUCACAAAAAUUGCGUUAUGGGCAACUGUCCUAACUCCCAUGACCAAAUAUGCCCUAGAAUUUGCACCAUUUGCUAUUCAGUUGGAGGAGAGUCUUCCUCAUUCCAUGAGCCCUAAGAUGAAAAUGGUCAUUAGAGCAACUGUAGGGUCACUUGCCCUACUUCUCAUACUGGCCUUAGCUCUUUCUGUCCCUUAUUUUGAGCAUGUUCUUGGACUUACUGGCUCAUUGAUCAGUGUCAGUAUUUGCAUAGUCUUUCCCUGUGCUUUUUACACCAAAAUUUCUUGGCCUCAAAUAUCUAAACCUCUACUAAUUCUUAAUCUUUCUCUUAUUGCAUUUGGGUCUGUUCUUGGUAUAGUUGGGACCAUAUCUACUUCAAGGUUGCUCAUGGACAAUCUAAUUAGAGCUCACUCAAAAUAAACCUUUUUGAUUUCUUGAGGAUUUUUCUUUCCCAAUGUAUUAUAUAUGUAAAAAUAAUGGAUUCUCAUAGGUAUAUUGAACCAUAUUUUCUGUGUUCUAAUUAAGUUCUAUUGUGAAUGGUUUAUGAUU